AUGCCGAUUGCUGACAGAGAAGUGCCCAUGAAACCAGCUGCUCCUAAUUCACCUCCGAUGAAUGCUGAGAAUAACGUGGAACAAACAUUUGGAUUCGAUCCACCUCGUGACGGAGACCUUCUUACAACGAAUGCCAGACAAACUGCUUUUGAAGCUCCCAUUAAAGGCGGCUGUAAACCCAAACUGGUGCUACUUUAUAACCUACCAGCCAUGCAAUUGGAGAAUCCUGAAUUACCUUUCAAAGCGUUACGAAGAGCCGUUCCAAAGAAAUGUGAACAACCACUGAAGGUGUCAUGUGCCGUUCUACCAGUGCUAAUGCCGUAG